CGGAGUCGCCCGGCGUGCCAGUCGCUGUCCGCACCAGGCUGCCGGAGCGGGCGCGUCGUCGGAGCUGCAGGUCUCUUCCAGCCCCGUGCUGUCUUCCAAGGCACAGACGAAGGAAAGAUGAAAUCCACCAUUGGCAUUGCUGUCCUUGUGACAGUCUUUCAACUUGCUCAGUGCCAGAACAUACGGGACCUGAAGGCUUGCUUGAGCGGUCAGAACUUGCGCUUGGACUGUCGCUAUGAGAAGAAGACCGAGAACCCCCUGGGUUACCAAUUCCGCAUGAGCAAGGACUCCAGGUCGAUGCGUACGGUGGCCAGCAACCUUGGUAUGCCCGACAGCGUCUUCAAGAACCGCGCCAAUGUCACCAUUUAUGAGAACCUGGUGUGCCUCAACGUCUAUGGGUUCACUGCUGCCGAUGAAGGCAUAUACGAGUGUCAGGUGAAAAUCACCAAUGACUUAACUGGCAUCCAGACCCAGAACAUCACUGUUGUCAAAGACAAGCUCGAAAAAUGUGCCGGAAUCAGCGUUCUGCUGCAGAACACUUCGUGGCUCCUCUUGCUGCUUCUUUCCUUGCCGCUUUUGCAAGCUGUGGAUUUUGUGUCCCUCUGAAGACAGAACCAGAAGCAAGCAGAACGGGGGACGGGGGGCUGAGAUGAAGAGGAAGGAAGAAAGAGCUGAGAAGCACACCGACCGAAACCCACCACCGGAACGUGGCCCUUUUUCUGGGAAAGUCGGCCAAUAGGCAUGCUGGUUUAAAACCUUACCCCAAUUGUAUCUCCAUAUUACCUUUAUAUAUAUCUCUAUAUAGCCGCAUAGCUAACAAAAGUGACUGAUUUGCGCUGACCAUCGGCACUGCACCAUCGCAUACUAGCAACGCAUUGCGGGGGAAGGGGGUGGCGAUCGAGGGGGGGAGAUCCCAUGCAAGCAUGGCAGCGUUUUUCUGUGGCACUGCUGUUUCCAUGCCAACUUCUUGCCUUUUGGGUUGUUUCGCUCCCCCACCUGAGCAAGCUGGUGGAAGAGCCACGCAUACAGGGCUCGGCUUGCCUUGUCCAAUUACGUCUUCCAAAUUAGGUGAGUCGCUAGCCUAGAGAAUCGAAGGAAUGGAGAGGAUUCUCACGAAAUGUGUGUCUUAAGAGGCACGGAGCAAAAUGGGAAGCGUAGAAAGAGGGGGGGCAGACAUUUAGCCCCAGCGGGGGAAAGGGAACAUUUUUAUUUUACAGAUGUGUGGGGAAGGGGCAGGUCAGGCCUUCAUGUGCUUUUGUGUGUGUGUGUGUGUGUAGGUGGGAUGGGGGGGCACUUACCUAGCAUCUUCUGCAUAAGCCUCUGAUUGCAGGAGGCAAGCGAUCAUUUCUACCGGGGAGAGUCAGGGAGGAAAGAAAGCUUUCCAUAGCCUAGGAAACAAAGGGAAUUGAACUAAAGGGACCCUCUCCCAUAGCCAGGAACAGGGAGGACCGAUCUUGGCCCCUUAAACCAUCUGUAGACUUCUGGCACCGGUUGUUCUUUUCAGUGGCUCUCUUUUCAGGCUGCCAGACUUCUUGGGUUAACCCCACCCAAAGCAGUGGCAACCAGGGCUUUUUUUCAGCUGGAAUGUGGUGGAACGGAGUUCCGGAAC